AUGACUGUCCUUGAAAUUCGAGAGGCCAUGCAGUUUUUGCUUACUAAAUUCGACCGUUUCUAUCUUAUGAUCGAUGCCCUGAACGAGACGCCAUAUGAUGACGAAGUAAUCGAGACCCUCAUAUCACUGUGUGAGCAGCACGCGAAAUUGCGAGUUUUAGUUACAAGUACGCGCGAGCCAUUUCGGGACACACAGCACAUUUUCGUGAGAAGAAUGAAUGAGCCGGCGAUAAAUUUGGACAUCAAAAUGUAUGUCCGGCAGCGACUCCAGACUGAGAGCCGGUUUAAAUGGCUGGAUCCGAUCAGUCGGAACGAGAUUACACUUUGCAUAAUCACAUCAUCAGACGGCACUCACUAUGAGGUUGUAGCUGAGCAGGGAACUAGGUUUCGGUGGGCUAAGCUCUGCAUGGAUCAACUCAGCCGCCAUCGCACGGUCAAACACAUGAAGGAUGCGCUUAAAUCCAUCCCUACGACACUUAACGAGACGUACGCCGCUAUGCUUUCUCGGAUUGCUCCCGAAGACAAGGAGAUUGCGCGUGAGGCUCUCGCAUGGCUCUGCUUCUCCCUUCGUCCAGUAUGCCUGCGCGAGCUGGCUGAAGCCGUGGUUCUGCGCGAAGAUGACACCUCCCUGGAUAACGAUGCCAGACUUGGCGACCCGGCCGUGCUCUUUGAAAUUUGCCAAGGCCUGAUAUACAAUAACGAGGGUGAACUGACACUGGCUCAUGACUCGAUUCGAACAUUUCUUCUGUCUGAUUGGAUUCGCGAGUCUAUAGUGGCAGAAUUCGCAGUAGAUCCCGCGUCAGUUCAUCGGAAGAUCAUGCGCAAGUGUCUUACUUAUCUGAGCCUACGGGAGUUUGCCUCGGGACCGGUAUUGACACAGCGCUCUCUCAACUCUCGCAUCUGCAAUUACCCACUGCUUGGAUAUGCCUCGCAGCUGUGGCCGAUUCAUUCCGAGCGAUUCGACUUGCAGCCGGAAGAUACGAAUGAUAUUCUCACGUUUUUCAGAACCAAGGGGAACCCCAACUCGGGUGCAUUUGGGGCGUGGGUGCAGCUUCUCCUGGGAACGUUAGAUCUGGAUACCAUUCACCGGACUGAGCCUCUUUACUAUGCUGCUUCCUAUAAUAUGGUAUCGAUCCUCAAGAUUCUUCUACGGCACGUGAGUGAUGUGGACGUGAACAAGAGAGGUGGUCGACACUCAUCCACGCCGCUGUUUGUGGCAGUGUGGCGGGGGAAUCUCGAGGCCGCGAAGCUGCUGUACAAGUCCGGUGCUGACCCAUACUUGUUAGACAACACCGGACCUGAAUCCUAUCGGCAUGGAGCAAAUCGGUGCCAUGAUAAGGACUACUGCCCCUCUGCCAUCGGAGCUGAGGAGAUGAGCCUACAGGACGAUGCCUCCGCCAAGGACAACCAAUAUCCACGUUCUAUUGGGUCUCGGUGCCAAUUUGACACACUGGAGCAAUGUCUACACCCGCCUUUCGUGCGGAGAGAACUACAAAAUCUGCCUGGGACAAUGGAUGCGACACAUGCACAAAUUCUACGACGGAUACGUCCGAAUCAACUAAGCACGGCGAAACGCCUUCUACAAUUUUUGACUUACAGCGAACGGCCUCUGAAGCUUGAGGAAGCGAAAAUCGAAUGCCAAUUCACGAGGAAUAUCUCAUAUCAGACCGACUGGAGCCAGAUUUGGCUGAAGGACUUGUGA